AUUUUAUAUUCGCUGCAGCAACGUACAACAUGGCGCAUGGAGAGCGCUCUGAAAAAGCUUGGCUAUGGUAUACAGCUGUCUACGAGGCUAUCCAAGAGAUUCCGAAAGGAAGAGUGACAUCCUACGGGCACAUCGCGAGGCUGGUCGGGAAGCCCGAAUGCCCCAGACAGGUCGGAGUCUGUCUUAAACACCUCCCCUCAAAAUCUAGCGAUCCAAGCAAGAAGAGUCCGACAUGGCACAGUGGCAAUGUGCCCUGGCAGCGCGUGAUCAACGCUAGAGGAGGCAUCAGCCCGAGAGGACCUUCCGGGGCGAGUCGACAAGCAGCGGCACUACGCGCGGAAGGUGUGCAAGUCGAUCAGGGACCGAUGGGCGAGCUCACUGUGAAUUUGGAGCGAUUUGGAUGGUUUCCGGAUGUGCUGCCGAGCGAGGAGGGCUUGGUGGAGAGCAGCGGCGAGGAAGACGAGGAUGAAGAAGCGGCGGCGUACCAUACCUGAGGCAUCCUCACCCGGAAACGGGUGUUUGGGGAAGAUGCCAUGGUACCGGAACGGAACAUCAAACGGAGCAAGUUUCUAUUGUUGGCAGCUGAUUGACAGGAGUUCUAUGGACCGGAAGUACUAAGAGCGGUUCCUUCGUCCCAGUAGAUAGACUGCAUCCCACCUCUCUCAUCGCUGGCGGUUUGGCGAUUCCACGUACUCGCCGGCUAUGCCGAGAUAGGUAGACGCCGGAGGCGUAAACGAGGUCCUGGUUGCGGGAGUUCUGGGGCUGGAUGGCAACAUGCGUGAACCACGGCCGAAUCCGGAUCGUUAUCGAGACAGCGUGAAGCAAGGCACGCUC